CUGCAGCUGCAGGGCGAGGAGCUGCGGCUGCAGGAGGAGAGCGUGCGGCUGCACCAGAUUAACAUCUACCUCAGCGACCGCAUCUCACUGCACCGCCGCCUGCCCGAGCGCUGGAACCCGCUGUGCAAAGAGAAGAAAUAUGAUUAUGAUAAUUUGCCCAGGACAUCUGUUAUCAUAGCAUUUUAUAAUGAAGCCUGGUCAACUCUCCUUCGGACAGUUUACAGUGUCCUUGAGACAUCCCCGGAUAUCCUGCUAGAAGAAGUGAUCCUUGUAGAUGACUACAGUGAUAGAGAGCACCUGAAGGAGCGCUUGGCCAAUGAGCUUUCGGGACUGCCCAAGGUACGCCUGAUCCGCGCCAACAAGAGAGAGGGCCUGGUGCGAGCCCGGCUGCUGGGGGCGUCUGCGGCGAGGGGCGAUGUCCUGACCUUCCUAGACUGUCACUGUGAGUGCCACGAGGGGUGGCUGGAGCCGCUGCUGCAGAGGAUCCAUGAAGAGGAGUCGGCAGUUGUGUGCCCAGUGAUUGAUGUGAUCGACUGGAACACCUUCGAAUACCUGGGGAACUCUGGGGAGCCCCAGAUCGGCGGUUUCGACUGGAGGCUGGUGUUCACGUGGCACACGGUUCCCGAGCGGGAGAGGAUACGGAUGCGAUCCCCCGUCGAUGUCAUCAGGUCUCCAACAAUGGCCGGUGGGCUGUUUGCUGUGAGUAAGAAAUAUUUUGAAUAUCUGGGGUCUUAUGAUACAGGAAUGGAAGUCUGGGGAGGAGAAAACCUCGAAUUCUCCUUUAGGAUCUGGCAGUGUGGUGGGAUUCUGGAAACACACCCGUGUUCCCAUGUUGGCCAUGUUUUCCCCAAGCAAGCUCCCUACUCCCGCAACAAGGCUCUGGCCAACAGUGUGCGUGCAGCUGAAGUGUGGAUGGAUGAAUUUAAAGAGCUCUACUACCAUCGCAACCCCCAUGCCCGCUUGGAACCUUUUGGGGAUGUGACAGAGAGGAAGCAGCUCCGGGCCAAGCUCCAGUGUAAGGACUUCAAGUGGUUCUUGGAGACUGUGUAUCCAGAAUUGCAUGUGCCUGAGGACAGGCCUGGCUUCUUCGGGAUGCUCCAGAACCAAGGACUGAAAGAUUACUGCUUUGACUAUAACCCACCCGAUGAAAACCAGAUCGUGGGACACCAGGUCAUUCUGUACGUCUGUCAUGGGAUGGGCCAUAAUCAGUUUUUCGAGUACACGUCCCAGAAAGAAAUACGCUAUAACACCCACCAGCCAGAGGGCUGCAUUGCUGUGGAAGCAGGAAUGGAUAUCCUUAUCAUGCAUCUCUGCGAAGAAACUGCCCCAGAGAAUCAGAAGUUCAUCUUGCAGGAGGAUGGUUCUUUAUUUCACGAACAGUCCAAGAAAUGUGUCCAGGCUGCGAGGAAGGAGUCGAGUGACGGUUUUGUUCCACUCUUACGAGACUGCACCAACUCGGAUCAUCAGAAAUGGUUCUUCAAGGAGCGCAUGUUAUGAAGCCUUGUGUAUCAAGGAGCCCAUCGUAGGAGACUGUGGAGCCAGGACUCUGCCCAACAGAGACUUAGCUAAGCAGUGACCAGAGCCCUCCAAAAACUAGGCUGCUCUGCUUUGAGGAGGGAAUCAUUUUGCCGUUUGUAAAAGUUGUGUUCCAUUUAGUAAAAAUGUGAAUAAGCUUUGUACUUAUUUUGAAAACUUUUUAAAUGUUCCAAAUACCCUAUUUUCAAAGGGUAAUCAUAAGAUGUUAACCCUUGGUAUUUAGAAAAUUAAAACCUUAUAAUAUUUUUCUAUCAAGAUGUAUAUUUUACAGUCAAGCCUUUUACUUUCAUUAGCAAAAGGUAAAGAUUUUAUUUUGAUAUUUCCAAGAAUUCCCAGGUAAGAAGAUAUCUGCAUGGGUGGAAACCGGGUUCAAACAAUGUACUUUGCAUUAACUGAUAAUAUCUCAGCUGUGGGGUUAAAGUUUUCCCGGUAUAGAGAGACUGACACUAGAAACACUGUAUUGGUUUAUUCAGGUCAUUGAGAUCUUCUAGAUGUAUUUUUAAAAGAAUGCUUUUUGGUUAUGUGUUGCUACCACAGUUAACACUCCAUAAUGUUCAUGUCAGCCAAAGAGGACUAAUCAAAGCUGAAAUCUCAAAGAACAAUUUGCUUUACUAAGCUAAGUAAACUUGAGAGGGGAACUUCUAACAAUGCCUCACUGUAGUGUGGUUGGUUGCCUUUAGCAACUACCACUAUGACUUUAAAACAUGUUUAUACCAUUUUUAAUUUUUAUCAGACAGUAGUGUCAGGGAGAAGUGUAAUGUUCUAUAUGAAAUUCCUUUUACAAGUUUGUUCAUUAAUGACAUUUAGUAAUUUAAAUCAGCGUUCGACUUUGUGCUGCCGCAACUGCUGUGAAAAUUUCUUUGAGUAAUUCUGAUUUGUGAAUGAUCCCAGAUCAACCCUGAGAUUUUGUAAACCUGAUUAAGUCAAUAUGAAUGAUUAAAAAGAUGUGAGAACACUG